AUGCAGAAAACAAGCGAAAGAUUACUGGAUAGAAAUAAAGAGUUCCAAAAAUCUAUAGAUCCAGAAGAAUUCGCAAAAUCUAGAGAAAGCUUUUCAGUCGAGCUCAGGAAAUCAAAAAGACUCGAGACUGUCCUAAAAAGAAGAGCAAUUUGCACUGAAACUGAGACAAGUGAAGUUCCUUUUGUUCUUUUAUCAAUAUUUCCACAGUUAAGCAACCCAGCAGUUGAUAGGAGGGCAAAGCUGGAAUGUUUAAUACAAAUUUUUAAUACACAAAAUUCCUACGAAAUCGUGAAAUUUGCAUUAAUUGAACUAAGGAAAUAUUUAGCAUCAAGUGAUAAAAAUCCACCGAUUCAAGAUAUAUUUGAGCUUGGCUUUGUUUCGUAUUUGAUUUCUUUUUUAAACCAGAAUAAUCCAUGCGAUAUUAUUUCAGAAUCUGCUUGAUGCUUAUGCAAUUUAGCAGCUGGAAAUAAUUCAUGCUGCUUAUUUUUAGUAGAUCAAGGAAUCUUAGAAGCCGCAUUUCCGCUUAUUGAUAUAAAAAAUCUUGAAAUUUCUGAGCACAUAAUAUGAUGCAUAGCAAAUCUAGCUGGAGAGUCAGAAGAAAUAAGGAAAGCUAUUGCAUCUUAUCAUUAUAUUGAAACUAUAUUAGAUUUAGUAGAAAUACAAGACUUACCUUUAAAUAUAUAUGAUGUGUCAUGAUUUUGUUUAAGCAAUAUUUUUAGGUCUUUUGCACCUUCAAUUGAAUUAUUGGAAUCAGUUGUGCGAACUAUUAAAAAAUUUUUAAGAAGUAAGCACUCAAAUAUUGCAUCAAACUGCUUGUUCAUUCUUUCGUAUUUGUCAAAUCUCGGGAAAGAGCAUGCUAACACAAUAAUAAAUUCAGGAAUUUUAAGUGAAAUUCUACCAUUAAUGCAUGCACUUGAAAUAAAUAUUCAAUAUCCAGCUAUAAAAAUAUUUGGAAAUAUUUUGAGUGAAGGAAGACAGGAAACACAAGCCCUCAUAAAUAUGAGAAUUUUAGACUAUCUUGCUUCUACUGUAAGUUCUAUCAGCAAAAAAAUCCGAAAAGAAAGUUUAUUUGCAUUAAGCAAUGUUACAGCUGGCACAAAAACUCAGAUUGCACAGGCAGUUGAUCAUAUAGUCAUGAUAAAUGCAAUGAAAAAGCUUAGUGAUUCUUCGAGAGAGGUAAAAUUGGAAGCUUCCUAUGUGUUUAGCAAUGCGAUCCAUGGUGGAUCUUGCGAUUCUAUUUUGAAACUUGUUGGCUCUGGGCUACUAAAAUAUGUCUCACAAGCACUUCAGUAUAGUGAGCUUGCGUUUGCUAAAAACUUGGUCUUUAUUUGCAAAGGAGUUUUAGAUGCAUAUGAGUAUGGCCUGCAGAAUAAAAUACCAUUUGAUUUUGAUGUGAUAGACUUAUUCAAAGAUUCAGGCUGCUUAGAAGGGCUGGAAGAUUUAAAAGACGAAAUACAAGUACAAGAUCAAGGACUUUAUAAUGAAAUCGUAGAAAUACUUUCUCUAUAGGGCUUUCCCUUGAAUAGCCCGAUAACGGGCUGGCUUCAUCCCGUUAUCGGGCUAUUCAAGGGAAAGUCCUAUAAAUACUUUGGAUAUGGUGAAGAUGAGGGAGUGCAAGGUGAGAGUGAAAGAAUUAGCACAUAUUCAUUUUAA